CGGCGAUCAAUUUCAUUUCUAAAUUCAUUGGUUACUUGGUUUGAUCUUUGAUAGUAUAUAAAUGGUUCGGCACUCUCUUCUAUCUCGAGUUACAAUGCCCACGGAUAUACCCUUCCCCUCAAAUCCAGCCGAAGAUUCAACAUGUUGGCUCCCCUACUCCUCCUUGCCGCUUCACUUGCGGCCGGCACUCCCUUCGAUCCAAGAGAAGCGACCAUAGGCUCAGUCCAUCAUGCGCUGCAUUUCGGCCGUUCGACGUGUCGAGAAGUGGUGUCGUCCUUCAUCGUCCGCGUCGAAGCGUUGAACAACAAUACCAAUGCGGUCCUUACCUUGAACCCGCGUGCGCUUGAAAUCGCCGACGAGCUCGACCAGGCCCUGCUCUCCGGGAACGCGACCGGUUCGCUCUUCUGUGUCCCGGUGCUUGUGAAGGAUAACUACGAUACCUUUGACAUGAAGACGACUGGUGGCAGUCUUGCGUUCCGGGACUCCCAGCCCAGCACCGACGCGCCCUCCGUGGCAGCGCUCCGCCGGGAAGGGGCGGUGAUUCUGGGCAAAGCGAAUCUCCACGAGAUUGCUCUCGAGGGGAUCUCCGUCUCUUCGUUUGGAGGUCAAACGAUCAACCCGUAUGACUCGACCCGAACGCCCGGAGGCAGUUCCGGUGGAUCCGGGGCGAGCGUCGCCUCCUCGUUCUGCGUGUUCGCCUUGGGAUCCGAUACGGUGAACUCUUUACGGAGCCCCGCGUCCGCAAACAGUAUCUUCAGCGUCAGGCCGACCCGAGGUCUGAUAUCCAGAAGCGGUGUGAUUCCGCUCAGCUAUACUCAGGAUACGGUUGGCCCGAUGGCGAGAUCGGUUGAAGACCUUGCCAUUGCGUUGUCAGUAAUGGCAAGCGUAGGAUACGAUCCGUCGGACAAUACCACCGCCUUAAGUCCACCCGGGUUUCAGGAAACCAACUUUGCGAGCGGCCUAUCUCUUGGGACGCUCCAAGGAAAACGUCUGGGGCUUUUGGAGCCAUUCUUCAACCGGACAGCCAGUGACGAGACGACUCCGGUCAACGAGGCGAUGAACGCUGCCAUCGGCCGGCUCGAAGCCGCUGGAGCCACCAUCGUCCCGAUUCGAGAGAGCGUGUACAAUCCGACUACGAUUGCGGCAGAGCUGGAUACUCAACGGUUUGAGUACCGAGAACUCCUCAACGCCUACCUUUCGCGCCCGGAGUUGGGUGGUCGGCAUCCCCGGGACUUUGCCGAGUUCUAUACUACCAAAGCGGAGGGUGGAAAGGGAGAGUUCCUCGUCAUGCCGUCAGGAUACGAGUAUGUUCGUAAUUCCUCCGUGUCGUCGACCGGCAAUGCGACAUAUGCGUCAGUGCAACAGGGGGUCGCCAACCUGACCCUCACCCUUGCGUCCACCUUCGCCACCCAUUCUCUGGACGCCAUCAUCUACCCCGAACAACGGAACCUCGUAGUGAAGAUCGGAUCGCCAUCCCAGUCCGGCCGCAACGGGAUCCUCGCGGCCCUGACCGGGCAUCCCGUCGUGACCGUGCCUGCGGGCUUCAGCCCCAGCACAGCGGACGCGCCUCGAGGCGUCCCGAUCGGAAUGGAGAUCUUGGGUCCGAAAUGGAGCGAAAAAGAGCUUCUCGCCAUCGCGCACGCGUACGACAAGGUCGGCGCAACCCGAAGAUCGCCGGAAUGGGCGGACCGACACGUCGAAAGUCAGGAUCUGACCCAGGUACCAGUGAUUGUUCCGGACCGCGCGAACAUUCCUGCGGUGUAUCCGAUCGGUGUUUUGUGAGAGGUUGUUUGGCCAUUUUGCCAAUGAUAUGAAUUACUAUUUAGACGAAUACCUAGACCGUGUUUCCUGCGCGAGCAUCACUC